AAAUCCGCACCAUACAUUCGAGUUUCGCAACUCUGCCCACCCCGUAAAGAAUAAAGACAUAAUAUUGUAUCUGUAUAUUGCAUACGUUCACUGGUUGGUUGAAAACUACCCUAUUUUAUUUUAAUCUUUCAAUUUACGUCAUAUCGAUGCAGUUUCGUAUAGGAUAUCGCGACGAGCGCGUCACAAAUUCACCACGCGUGCCUGCCAGAUGAUACCGGCGCGAUAAAAACAAAUGAAGCUCAGGAGAGCAAUGUAUUGCAAACGUUUGUGUCGCGCAAAGGCAGUCGCGGCCGUGACAGUGAGUGACAAGGAGUAACCUUAAAAAUAAGACCCUAGUGAACACACGACUGUCGUUUUGAUUGAUUUUAAAAGGGCAUUUCCAAAGCGAACUUUUAUAUUAUUAUAGAAAAUAAGAUAUUUUUAAUAAUUUCAAAUAUUUUUUGCGUUUUAAAAAAGUAUUAUAAAUUAGGAUGAGCGCAAACGUGUUACGGAUAACUCUAGUGAUGUGUGUUGGUGUAAUGAUGACAGAUUCACAGAGCUUAAGGAAAAAGAUUUAUAUGACGGUGCCCCAGCUAAUAUCUUCGGCUGGAUAUCCAGUGGAGAAGCACCGGGCCAAAACUCCAGACGGUUACAUCCUACAAUUACACAGGAUUCCGGCUGGCAGACGAACUGCGAGGAGAUCCGGUAGUCCUAAUGCUAAAGGGAAGAAGGCGGUACUCAUUGUGCAUGGGCUGUUGGGAAGCAGUUCAGAUUUCGUCAUCAUGGGACCAGAAAGGAGCUUAGGGUUUAUCUUAGCUGAUGCUGGCUACGACGUAUGGUUGGGAAAUCUGCGGGGUAACGUUCACACGUCCCAUCAAACUUUGAAGAGGAAUAACCCAGAAUUUUGGGCCUACAGCUUCCAUGAGCAUGGGAAAUAUGAUGCGCCAGCUAUGAUCGACAAAGUGCUCAACAUGACUGGUCUCGAGAAAGUCUUCUACAUCGGCUACUCCAUGGGCACCACCACUUUCUUCACCAUGAUGGCCCAGAGGCCCGAGUAUAAUGAUAAAGUAAUAGCAUUUGUGGCUCUCGCUCCAGCCGUGUACCUGGAUAACAUGAGGUUCUUAGCAAACUUCUUGCUGAAGACUGUUAAUUUGUCUAGCACAAUGAGAGCGAGAGGCAUGUUGUCGCUGGCUUUCGAACCAGGAACACUGGACUUCGUGGUCAGCAGCUUUUGCGCCACAAGGAACCCUGACGCGGAUAUGUGCAUGAGAUUAGUUUUCUCCAUAGUCGGGGAGGACUAUGAACAGAAUGACUGGGAUAUGAUGCCAGUGAUACUAUCAAGAUUCCAGCCAGCUUCGUGGGGGCAAUUGGAACAUUUUGGAAAAAUUGCCAUCACAGGAGUUUUCACGUCAUGGGAGGACGGCCUAUGGGGCGCCGUCAAGCCAUACAACCUGUCCAACGUGGCCGUACCUGUCUCUCUGUUUUAUGGAGAGAAUGAUCAGUUGACUGAAAAAUCUCAAGUUCUCAGGCUGGCUGCAGAGUUGAACAGCACCGGUGUGCUCGAAUCCUUACAACCAGGUUGUUCCUGUCCCAAGUUUAACCACCUGGACUUUGUGUUCGCGAAGGACGUCGGCAACUUAAUCAACAAACCGCUCGUCAAACACAUAAAUAUGUUGAUCAAGAAAUAUGAUAAGGAUUAAUGUGCUGUUUUAUUUCUUAUUUAUGUAUAUCUUUCUCAUCUGAGCGUUUUCCCGGUUUCCUAGUCAGCCAUUGACCAUCAAAGCUCAGCUUUCCUACAUUUUCAUCUUCACUAGUAUAAAUCCUAAUGAGACCAGCGUCUCGCUCAAGCUUCGCUCGGGUCAAACCAUAAUAAAAAGUAAAAGCCUAUGUCACUCCUGAAAAUUUUAUCGAAAUCGGCCGAGUAGUUUCAGAGUUUAAGUAUUACAAACAAAAAAAAAAACAAAAACACAAAUCUUUUCUAGUCGCACCAAGCAAUUGAAGCCUCGACGAAAAAAAGAUUUAAAAAAACAAAUCUUUUCUCUUUAUAAUAUUAGUAUGGAUGGAUUACUAUGCUUCCAUUGCUCAUCAGAAUUAUUUUGUAUACUCCUUUAUACAAACAUUUUUGUUUUGUAUCAUUUAAGUACAGAUGACAUUAUUAUCAUACCAUCUCCAGUAUAAUACAAUGGGGCUUCAAAGGUUAAAUUCUAAUUUAAUAUCCUCUAGGAUGAGUUUCUACCUGUGCAUAUGGCACAAUUUGUCUUAAGUAGAUAGAUGUAUUUUUUUUUUAUUUGUUCACUAAUCGACGGCCCACUAAUAUUAUUAGAAGCACCUAUAUUGUAACAAAAAUAUUUUUAUGACGGUUAAGUUUAUUUUAAAGUCACUAUUUGCCACCUCCAAUUAGAAACUCUAAUCUGUCACUUCAUUUAAGUGGAAUCUUAAAUUGUGUUUCACAUCGAGAUAUAUAUAUAUAUAUAUAUAACCUGUUUUGAUAUACCUUUUGACUAUGUACAUUAUGUACUUUUAUAUAUUAUUAGAAAGAAAAAAAAAACAUUGUAAGAAACAAUAAUGGUAAGCUGAUCUGUCAUGAUAGGGACCAACACUGUUCAAAUGAGUUUCUUUCGGCAUUUCUUCUCAGCAGUGGUCGUUCCGAAAUGCCAGUAGUUUGUAGCUUGUGAGAAAUAACUAUAAAUAUUGACGAGAACAAGUGCCUGUGAAGGUCUAAUUUCUGAAUAAAUGAUUUGAAUUUGAAUUUAAAUGAUUUGAAUUUGAAUUUGUUUUUAUUUAAUGCUCAAUCAGAUAGAUCGCCGUGCUGUACUGUGAUAAUACCCAAACAGAUUAUUAUUAUUUUUAUUCGUUACAUCUUUUAUAUUUUAAGUUGUUGUAGUUAUUUUGGCGGUGGCGCAGUGGUAAAAGAUCUUGCCUCUGAACCCCGGUCGGGUCAUGAUGGAAAAUGAUCUUUUUCUGAUUGGCCCGGGUCUUGGAUGUUUAUCUAUAUGUGUAUUUGUUAUAAAAUAUAGUAUUGUUGAGUUAGUAUCCCGUAACACAAGUCUCGAACUUACUUUGGGGCUAGCUCAAUCUGUG